CUAUUAUUCUAGCAGCACUUCAGCUCCUGUUCUCUGUACUGAGAUGGAUUUCGCAAGAGAGGAGAAAUUUAUUUUUCCAAAAAUUGCGCCCUGGGUCCAUGACCUUCCACUAAUGAGGCGCAAGACUAGAGGUGAGCCGUGGUAUCUCUACGUGCCCCGCCCACCACCAGCAAAACCUGCUGCCAGAAACACCGGCAGCAGGUUUCGCCCAAUCAAAGGGCUGGGACAGGAAUGGAGCGGGGUCUUAACAACAUGGCUGCACAUAGCAUUAUAACAGACAAACCAGCACAGGUGGAGAGAGCAGUCAGGAAGAAGCCCAGUAAGAUCAGGGCAGCUCCUCAGGCCAUUGGGAAAGGUCAGGGACUGGAGCAGCCACUGGUGCCACCAUCCCUGACCAGUGAAGAUCCCAUCAACAGGCCUGAGGAAGCUCUCGGCCAGCCACUAGGUCUGCUGCAGGAUGAGGAAUGGGAAAGGAAGGUCGAGGGACUGAGGCUUGUGCGAGCUCUGGCUGAACAUCACUCUGAGGUGGUGCUGCCAGAGCUCCACUACGUCUGCAAAGCCGUCAUCGCGGAGGUGAAAAACCUCCGCUCUAUUGUCUCUCGGGACGCCAUCACCACUAUGGCGCACCUUUUCACUCACCUGCAGCACAACAUGGACAGUGAGGUUGAGGGCGCUGCUCACACUCUCCUUCAUAAGGCUGGGGAAACCAGCCUUUUUAUAAGGCAGGGUGUGGAGCUCGCCCUCAGCACUAUGGUGCACCACUGUUCGCCUGGCCGAGUCCUGCGAGGACUGCUGGAUGGUGGACUCAGACACAGAAACCGGGUCACCAGGGCCGCCACUGCAUUGAGCCUGGUGAGGCUCCUGCAGGUGGUUGGGGUUUCUCGUGUGCUGACUGGCAGGAAGAAUUGCCGGCCCCGUGGCAUCAGGGCUUCCCAGUCAACCAGCUGGGAAUGUCCCGCCCCCAAACAAGCCCUGCAAAGCUUGUGA